UCGAGUUAACUCGACUUGACACAUCUCUAUCAUUUCUAUGUACAAAAUAAAAUAAUAUAUAGCAAUCGAAUGUAGUUGGAAAAAAGUGCCUAAGUAUAUAUUUAUAUUGAACCUUAGAAAAUUACUAAGCAUCUUAUUAUUACCAAGAAAUAUGGCCACUGAUGCCUUAGUGCCAUUAGAAUCCAACCCUGAAGUUAUGAAUAAAUUUCUUCAGAAAUUGGGAGUUCCCCCCGAUUGGAGCAUUGUUGAUGUCAUGUCCUUAGACCCUGAAAUGCUUUCCUGGAUUCCACAGCCAGUUAUUUCUGUUAUACUAUUAUUUCCAAUUUCUGCAUCUUAUGAAGAACAUAAAAAGAAAGAAGAAGUUGAAGUAUUAUCUAAGGGCCAAAAAAUAUCAAGCAAUAUUUUUUAUAUGAAACAAUAUCUAAGUAAUGCUUGUGGAACUGUAGCUCUUGUACAUAGUGUAGCGAACAAUUGUGAUAAAAUUCAACUUUCAGAGGGCCCUUUGAAAAAGUUCUUGGAAGAAGCUAGACCACUAGAUGCUUCUACUCGAGGGACUCUCUUUACAAAAACUGAAGGCAUAAUUAAUGCACAUAAGGAAUUGGCUCAAGAAGGCCAAACUAAUACACCUAGCCCUGAAGAUCUUAUUAAUCAUCAUUUUAUAGUAUUUGUACACAAAGAUGGUGCACUGUAUGAAUUAGAUGGUAACAAAGCAUUUCCUAUAAAUCAUGGACCAACUACACCAGAAAGUCUAUUGGAAGAUGCUGCAAAAGUUUGUAAAGAAUUUAUGGGUCGUGAUCCAAAUGAAGUUCGCUUUACAGUGAUGGCAUUAGCAGCAUUGGAUUAAAAAAACUAUAUGUAAAGUUCAAUCAAUGAUAUAUCUCAGCAUUAUUUUUAGUCAAUUGUGAACAAGUUAUAAAUAUUGUGAAUAAAAAUUAUUUGCUAACAACCACUGAUGACUA